AUGAUUUCAAACAGGAAUGUCGAUAAUCGACAUACUGCCGAAUACACGUUGACCGAAUUAAAGAAUGUCGAAUACCCAUUGGACACAGGUUGCAAUGGAACUCAUCAAAUGAACCAAAUAUUGAUUUCGUGUAAUGAGAAGAAUAUGUUGAUUGAGGAGAACAAGUUUGAAACAAGACCCACUCCAUUUGGUUCGAAACAAUUCCAAAUUUAUCAGAACGAGCAUCUAUAUCAGAGUAUAUACGAAACAGAAAUGAAGAAAUUACACGGAGUUGACCACAAAAUUGAGAAAUCGUCAGUAAUCGGUCAAAAGAGGAAACAGCCAGAUAUUGAUGAGCCUGACUAUUCCAUGGACUGUACGUCUUCUCCUCCAUUACCUGCACGCUCAGAUCCUUGUGCGAUGCUCAAAAAGCUUACUAAACCAAUCCCAUCUCACAUUCAAGUGGACAAUCGAAAAACCGUCAGAGACAUGAAAGAAUGGUUUGGAUUGCAGCACUGCACUAUCAAAUUUUUCUGCGAUACUUUUCUAAAUAUCAAUCCAAAUCAUUUGAGGAAUCUUUUUGCUCAGCCAAGAGAGUUCCACGUUCUGAGAGAAGCAAAGCAAGUUUUCAUUAAAAUGUAUAAUUGGUUGGAAAUGUCGGAUGAUGAGAGAGCGAAGAUGUUAAAGAUGGAUUUAAAGUCGGAGAGAAGCUCAGACUUCGAAACGAUUUUGGAUGAAAAUGAGCCUCCGAAGAAAGUCAUUCGGCUUGAUUGUCCAACACCAAAUCAAUUGUUUUCAAGCCCAAUAACUGCUGAAAAAGUUGCUGAGAUAAUGAACAAACCAGCAACCUACGUGAACACUAAAAAAGUUAGUAAAGACCUCAAGGAAUGGUUGAGAAGCACUAAAACUUCACGCGAAUGGUUCGCCACAACUAUAAUGGAACGAGCGAAGAGAACAUUGAGGGAUCAUCUCAAUAAUCCAAAAGAUUGGAAUGAUAUGGUCAAAGGACAAGAGAUAUUUCUGAGAAUGCAUAACUGGAUGGCGAUUUCGGAGGAAGAACGACAGGCAAUUCUAAGAUUCUAUAGGAUGGAUGGUCGGGGAAGCGUUAUUUCUAUGGCUUCACCUGAUGAGAGUUUUCGAAAUCUCUAA